CAAGGGCUGAGGGUAAGUGAAUGAGGGGAGGUGGAACUGCCAAUGAAACGCAGCUUAAGUCGGAGAGGAGUGAGAAACAGAGACAAAGGACAAGAAGUCAAAAUAACAAGUUGGAUUAACUACAGCUGGCAACUCAACGCGCAGUUUUCCCCCUCUGGACUUCACUGUGGCAUCGGAAGAGGGGCAGCUGGUCACAGUCAGGAUGAAGUUGGCAGUCUUGUGGUUGUGCAUUCUGCAUUUGGCCUUUAUCAGUGCUGGACUACUAACCCGCAACGGUCCUCAAGCCGCCCACUGCAAUUUGUCAGACAGCACGGCCCAAGGGCCUCAGAGCACAGGGUCUUUGAACCAAGGCAGACAGAGACCACUGUUUGCGAGGAGAGGACAGUAUGAACGACAAAGGAUUCAUGUGCCGAAGCCCAAAGAGGUCCCUGUUCCUCCAAAUGACCUUCACCCUCCUUCUAAAGUGGCACCCAAACCUGUGAAGCCCAACUGCUCUCAGCUUACACAAAGCUGUUUUCCCCAGUCUGGCUGCUGUGACCCAUCUGCCUCAUGCCACUGCCGCUUCUUCAAUGCAAUCUGCUUCUGCUGGAGGACAAACUCAUUACACAAGAAGAAAACAUAAAGAACACCAACACACAGAAACUGAGACACGAAAAUAAACUCAAACACACACUACAGGCCCACGAACAGAGAUGCCAUCACCCAAGCUGCCUGAAUUAUGUUAUAGCCAGUGGUUAAUUUGUAGAGGGUGCUGUUCCAGCGGGUCUGGGGGAGAGAAAAAGUCACAGAACAAGCAUCAAAAAAGGUGUUACCUGUUAAAAGUAAACAAAAUUGUCAUUACAAAGAAAGCAUCAUUUAUUUCCAUUUAUUAAUCAGAGCAUUCACAAUAAUCACUCAAAAUCAGCAGGGGGAGGCGUGUAGAAACAGCUGUUUAGGGUUUGCAACUCUCUCUCUCUCCCGUCUGCCUGUGGAUUGCUACAAUGGGGAGAAAAUAGAAUUAGGGUCGAAAGUUCUAUUUACAACCACGAAAAGCAAGCAGGCUAAUAAGAAACUGAACUAAGUGACGUGUUCUGUCUGUCUGUCUGUAUGUCGAUCUCCUCCGCUCCGUUUCAGUACUAUGGACAGCGCCGCACCUACACAGCACGCCCUAAUUUAGCCAGCCAUACUCAUUUCACUAUUUCACAGCACAAACACCCACUUGCUUAGCUGUGGGGCUUACAGUAAUCAUAUGCCAAAGUAUUUAGACACCAAAAAGCAUUAAACCACUUGCCAGCAUACAGUGCUAUUAUCGGCACCUUGUUGAUCUACUGAAACAACUUUACCAGUUUCCUCCUUAUUGCUGAGGCAAACAUAACGAUUUACGAGUAACUUCAAAGGAAAAUAAAAGAAUGACAGAACAGAUAACAUUAAAUAUUAAACAAAAUAUAUUUACAGAUUUUGAUAGUGGUAAAGGAGGCGCCGGACACAAUCAAACAGGUGCCAAGAAAGUGCAGCCCUCCACAAUGUGUCGUUUGUACCCCAUAGAUAAAUAUAUUCAUACUAUAUUCAACCAUAAAUAUCAAACUAUUAAUUUAUGAAAAUACCACGUACCCUGUUUUAAGGCAGGAGGGAUCACUAACUCUUGUGUCAGAAAUGAAAGUUGGAGUCAGUGGAAGGCAAAAAUCAUUGCAACAGAUAAACAUGCAGUUUCUCAUCUUUCACACUGUAUAUCCAAACAAAGAUUUUAGGAAUUAGGGAGAUUUAAAUUUUUAGAAUUAAAGCCAAAUCACUAGCCAAAUAAAAUGUAUAAACAAUUAUUUUAUUUAUUUUUUUAGUCCUCCUAAUAAGGCAAGGUCUGGAUUGGUGCCUACAUGAAUGUAUUAGUUCCUACCAUACAUGUCUGCAUGUCCUCUCCAUUUCCCAAAGAGAGGUCUGUGGGAGAGCUUUUAAUGUUACAAUUUAAAAAGAUUUCCAGUAAUUGUAGCAUUUUCUUGAGCUUCAGCAUGUAUGUUUGUGAAUAUGUUUUUGACUUUUCAGUCUACAGUCUACUACAGAUAAACACACGUUACACACACAUGCUGCUUCACGUACGAUAACACUGUCUAUCUGGGCUAAUUUCAUACAUUCUCCUUUUACUGUUAUACUGUAUGCUGUCAUCCACUAGGUAUAGUAGUUUAUGUGUAUGUUAACAUGAUAGACAUGAUAUCUUAAACAUCACUGUUCUUGAAUCAUGAGUCAAGCACCAGUAUUGUUUGUUUUUUUGUUGUCCUGUGCACAAUGUUAGUAACACUGCAUAAAUGUUGUUUUUAAUUACCAAAUAGAUCCCCUGAGUUAAAAGUUAAAGCUUGUGAAUUUUCUGCUGCCAUUACAUUGUGAUAUACGGCAUUGGUGGUGUAUUAACUUAUAACCUGUAACAUUUAGAGCACAUGCAAUGAGAUAACUUCUGUUAUGAAUUGGCACUAUAUAAAUAAAUAAAUUGAAAUAAAUUUAAUUGAA